AUGUACAGGAUUAACAACAUCAGACCCUCCCUCUGUCUCCUUAGCAUCAGAACAAAGUUCACACUCGACCCAAACGACCUGGUUAUCCAGAACGUUAUUGGUUCAGGGCCAGGUGGCCAGAAAGUUGCUCGUACCAGAAACAAGGUUAUAGUGAAGCAUGUCCCAACUAACAUUGUGGUGAACUGUCACCAAACUCGUUUCUUGGAUCAAAACAAAAGAAUUGCCAUUCAAAAGUUAACCGAAAAAGUUGAGUUACAUCUGUAUGGAUCAGAGAGUUCUGUUGCUAUUAAAAAAGAGAAAAAACUGGAGGGGUAUGCAGAAACAAAACUUUCGAUAAAAGAAGAGUCAGAUAAGAGAAUUGCUGCAAACAAGCUUAAAAGAGAAGCAGCUCAAGCUGCGAGGAGAGAAGAUUUAAACAAAAUAUCGAAUUCUGGACUCCCUUUUCUCAGAAGCAGUAAUGACUCAUCAGGAAUCGAAGAAGAAGAAGAAGAAAAAGAAGAAGAUAAAUCAGACUCAGUAAGCGUUGAGAAGGAUAUAAGUUCUCUUGGUACACAAAUCUUCAGAGAUAAGUCACAUGAACAAACUCAAGAUUCUUUGAAGUCUAUGUUUGGGGCGCCCAGUAAAAAGAAAUGA